AUGUCAGAAUCAGUGAAGCUAUCAAAGUGUAUGAUUGUGUACUUGUGUAGAAACCCUAAGGACAUGUUCACAUCAUUGUGGUACUUCAUCAAAAAGUUUGCACCACAAGUCGAAGAGCCUAGGUCAUUUAAGGAAUCAUUGGAGAGCUUUUGCGAAGGAAGGAAUCCUUAUGGCCCAUUUUGGGAUCACAUUUUUGGAUAUUACAAGCAGAGUCAGCAAAUGCCAAAUAAGGUAAUGUUUUUUACGUAUGAGGAGUUGAAGGGUGAGCCAGCAAGGGUUUUGAAGGACUUAGCUGAAUUUAUGGGACGUGGAUUUACUGAGGAGGAAGAGAAUGGUAAUGUUAUCAAUGAUAUUAUGAAGCUUUGCAGUUUUGAGAAUUUGAGCAGCAUGCAAGUGAACAAGACUGGCAAAUUGUUGAGUGGGGUAGAUAAUAAUGUUUUCUUUAGACGUGGAGAUGUUGGGGAUGGGGAGAAUUUCUUACCUCUGACAUGA